UUUAGAAGAGCCGUUUCGGCUUGCAAGAGACCAGUACCCCCACCCACCGCGACGGUAGCCAGAUUUUAUUUGCUUUUCCAAACGGGCGGCGCAAGGCUAGGAUAGAUCUUGCCGAGGAUCACUCAUCUUCUUGCCUCCGGCCGGCCCCCGCCGUUGGCACCGAUUGUUCCUCUUCUAAUUGCAACCACAUAGAGAAAGAUUUGGAUCCAUUCUUCCUCCUGCAGAUCCGAUAUCUCGAGCAGUCAACCCCUCCCACCUUCUCCACUCUGGUGCAUGUGCAUCUCAGUGAUUACAGGAUUCAACCUGGACUUGCUGAAGAUGAGCCAUCUGAAUCAUGCACAAUAAUUUCCAAAUUGGGGUUCGGUGAGUAUAAGAUUCUUCUGUGGUCCGUGUUCUACAUGGUUUUCGUGGUGGAGGAGGAUUCCGGAUUCCAGACGGUUUGACAAGGCUUCCUCCUCUUCACGAUAAGUAGCGAUGCCUGCCUUCUUAUUAGAUUCUUAAUAUAGAACAAUCGGUCCUAAUAAGUAUAGCUAGUAACCUACAAAGAGACCAGCCGCUUUGUUGUUCUUGAUUGAUAUAUCGAUCGUUCUCAAUAAGUAGCGAGCAGCCUACAGCAAGGCCGGCCGCAGUAUUACAUUAUUAUUAUUGAUUGACUGAUCUACAAUAGGCCAGCCGCUAUAUAGAUUAUUGAUUUUGAAUCUAUCUCAUGCUCUGUUGUGCCAAUGAUGGAGUCACCUGCUAACAUUAAUUCGUCGACUGUAAGUUUACUCUUAGUCCAAUCCCUUGUUGUUUCUAGGUUUUUGCUAAUUUCUCCAAUUCUUUGGCAACACUACUUUCACUGUUGUUUUAUUUUGCAGAGCCAAGACGAAGAAGAUAGAAUUAGUGCACUACCGACUGAUGUACUCCUCAAAAUCCUCGAACACCUUGAUUUGUGCAUGUUGGUCCGCACCAGCGUGCUCUCAACUCGAUGGAGGCACCUCCCUCAUCAGCUCCCGUGCCUUGACAUCAAUGUCACCUGCUCCCAUAGCACUGCCAGUCGCCGCCAGAUUAUGGGGCCGUACAAGUCUGCUACGAGGUUGAUUUCUCACGCCUGCAACUGCACGCGGGACCUUGUCAUUAACAGACUCCGCCUCGUGUUCUACCUUUUAGUCCCUUGGCUGUGCUCCAUUGGUUGCGCCGUCGACGACAUCGCAAGCAGCGGUAAAACCAAAUGCCUUGAGUUCGUGAUAUUCCCGAGUUGCGAUCGUCCAAGCAAGCCCCAGCUAGCAGAGUUUGGACAACAGCUUAUGUCCUUUUCCCGAACUUACCCCAUUACCUUUGAAUGGCUCACCGGACUAACACUCAACAGCCUCGCGUUCGGAGACUCUGAUAUCCCCAGCCUCAUCAACGCUAGCCAUAGGCUCGAGCGCCUAUCAUUCAGGUUCUGUAAUUUGGUCAAGUACUCUGUGCUCAAGAUUGAUGCCCCCUGCUCCCGGCUCCACACGCUUGAGUUCAUCGGCUUCCGUUGCGCACGGAUCGAGCUGAUCUCUGUCCCUGAACUGAGGCGAUUAGAAUGCCACUCUUGCCUCAAGGAGAAUCCCCCGGUGAGGUUCGGCUAUGUUCCUCAGCUUCAUGACGUGGUCCUUGCUUCUCGUGCCAAGGCUUGGCAGACGCCAGUCGCCCUGGGCGAGUUUAUGUCUGGGAUAGCUAGCAACCUGUCAAUUCUAUGUCUCAAUUUUAGCUGCCAAACGAUUUGGGUUCGGCCGGAGCAUCCAGGACAGCGCACCCCUAUAUUCAGCAACCUGAGAGAUGUAUGUUUUUAUAAUAUCUUUGUUGAGUGUGAUCUGAAUUGGACCCUAUUUAUCCUUGAAGCUGCACCUUCCCUGCAGAAAUUUCAUUUAUCUCGGCAUUCAUGUGUGAAUGGGUCCGAGGACACUGACGAGAAGACCAACGUGGUGUGGGAACCAUCGAAGAAUUUUAAGCACUCGAACUUGAAGUUGAUGGUGAUGAAUGGAUUCAAUGGGGAAAAAAAGGUGAUGGAUUAUGUAAGGCUUGUAAUGGAACGAGCUGUGGGCUUGAAGAGAAUCGAGUUGAGCAAUAAACACAUGUGUGUGAAGUGCAAUGCCCUUGAGUACCCAAGAAAGUUUCUGGUAGAUGAUGCUACAAAACAUCGGGUUAAUGAGCUGCUCACACAUGGGUUCUCCUCGGCUGUGGAGAUAAUAAUUGAUUGAUGGAUAUUAGCCAGGGAAUAAUAAUAAUCUGUGCAGAAGUAGUAUGGUGAAGGAACAAUAUCUAAUGAAGAGGUGCUCUAAUCUGCUUCGCCUGCCCUUUUGCUGUUUGCGAUGCUUCUAAUAAGGAAAAUGCUUCUCAUCGGGCGACCGAUCUCGGUCGUGCGAUCGGUC